AUGAACAAAUGUCUACAUUUACAUCAAGGGAGAACGAGGAUUAUUACACAUGUAUUAUUCGAUUUCAACUCGAAAGAACGCCGGUCAGAUUUGUUCAAAUCGUCAUUUCUUGACAUUGUUGCCAAGGGUGUCGAGAAUACCGGCAACAGGAGGGGCAAGUCCGCCCAGACCAAGAGAAGUCAGAUGAAGGGAACAUCGGGGGGACAGAUCGUUGAGGAGCUGUCGCUUCUUAACAUGAUUGCCGAGAGUAUCAACAAUACCGGCGACAGGGGGUGCCAGUCCACCAAGACCAAGAGAGGCCAAGAGGAGGGCGACAUCUGGAGGGGAGAUGCCACCCAGGCCGAGAGAGAUCAACAGAAGGGCGACAUCGGGGGACAAGUCAUUCAGCAACUGUCGCUUCUUGACGUUAUUGCCAAGAGUGUCUACGAUAGCACCAACUGGAGGAGCAAGCCCGACAAGUUCCAGGGACGCGAGGAGGCCAGCGACAGGAGGCUCCAGGCUCUUGAGUAG